CUUAGACCAAAUGGAUUAAAGAUCAAUUGUGCAGACGAUCUGUAGUCUAUAGUAUUAUUCUGUAAUCGAAUGUCACGUAUGACACUUCGACACUAAUAACGGUAGUGACACUGACAGGAUAUUAUUUACAAGAUAACGUUUAGUAUCGAGUUAUUAAGAAUAAAAUUUAAUGAUUUUGUUUAUUGAAAAAUAGAAAAAAUAUGUUGGAAAACGAUGCAUUAUUAUCGAACGAUAAAGAGAAAAACAAUAAAAAAUCCGAUUACGGUGCUACAACCGAUAACAUAUCUAAUGGUUUCGUUGACCAUGAAGACACUAGAUCUGAAUUGAGAUUCGAAGAAGAUAUUGAGUCACAAAUAGAAAUUGAAAAAAGGAAAAUUAUUGAACAAGCCCUCGAAAACGACACCGAUUUAGAAACAUGGCGUAAUUUGGCAAUUGGAGAGUGUGGACUAGUUGGAGAUGAUCUCCGAAGGAAGAUAUGGCCCCUUUUACUAGAAGUAGAUCCAGAUGAGUAUAAUGAAAAAAUUCCGUCUCUUUUAGAGCUCUCUACUCACGAUGAGUAUAACCAAGUGAUUCUCGAUGUGAACAGAUCAUUAAGUAGAUUUCCUCCAGGCAUUCCAUUGAAGCAGAGGCUAGCUCUACAAGAUCAGUUAACAGUCCUAAUUCUUAGAGUUAUCAUGAAAUAUCCCCAUUUGAAAUACUAUCAGGGAUACCAUGAUGUAGCUAUAACUUUUUUAUUAGUGGUAGGAGAAGUAAUUGCAUUCAGAAUCAUGGAAAGGCUUAGUACAGACCAUUUGAAGGAAUGUAUGGAAGAUACAAUGGAAAAAACAUCAUUUAGACUGAAUUAUAUGUAUCCCCUGAUAGAUAGAAUAGAUCCGAAACUGUACAAUUUUUUGGAAAUGUCUGGUGUUGGCACUAUGUUCGCUCUACCGUGGUAUCUCACAUGGUUUGGGCAUUCCCUCAACAGAUAUAAAGAUGUUGUCAGGUUAUACGACUUCUUCUUAGCGUCCCCACCUCUUAUGCCAAUUUAUGUAGCUACGGCCCUAGUGGUCGAAAGGAGCGAUGAAAUAUUCCAACAAGAUUGCGAGCUCGCAAGUAUUCACUGUUUAUUGGCCCAAAUACCUGACGACACGGAUUUUGAGACGAUUCUCCACAAUGCUUUGCUGUACUACAAGAAACACAAGCCGGAAUCUGUGGAGAAAGAUGUCGUGAAACGAGUAAAGAGAGAGCAAGAUAGAAGAAAACAAGACGAGGCUCGUAUGAGGAGGAUGAGAAGGGGUAACAACAAUAAUAUGUGGCUCCGAAUCUCGAACAGCAUGCCACCAUGGUUGCUGUUCAACCACAGGAGCCGAUAUGGUAUUCUAUUUGCUACUGCCACAGUUCUGAUUGGUCUUUAUGCCUAUUACCUGAAAACCAUCAACCCCAAUUUCAAUUAUCUACCAAACAUGUGGGACACAUGACAAAUAAUUCCCUACUCAACAGUGAGGGAUCUUAUGAAACGAAGGUUUUACGCAGGUUUCUGAUUUUUUUGUCAAUUUGUAUGGAUAUAAAUUGUCGAAAGAAUAUUUCAUGUAUCUGUUGAAUGUAAAUAUCAAAUGUUAUUGUAUAGUGUAUGAAAUUUAUGAAUAAUCUAUUGUAAACAUAAAUGCUGCUUCAAAAAUAUGUAUCUCUCAAUUUAUUUAUCAAAUAGUUUAUAUGAAUUAUUGUUUUUGUUGAAGUAUUUGAACUACCUGUUUAUUUGUCAUAAUUUCCAAAACAUGACAAGAAUUGUAUGUACAAUCAAUACACUUUCGUGUCGAUAAUAAAUUUGAAUAUCUCAUGA